GCGGGAAUAUCAAGAAUUUGACUCAAGUGUAUUAUAAAAAAAGUACUUAACAAAGUUAUUUUAAGUGGUCGUGACUGAAACGUAGCUUUUUGGAUGACUUCAUCCUCAUUUGUGUUGUGUGUAAACUGAGUGAGUACUUUCUUUGUUCAAACUCAAUAAUUUAAUCUAGAAAAGAAACUUGUAUGUAAGUUGUAUUAAACUAAUUUUUGGUGUAGAAAUGGCAAGCAAUCGCAAAUCCACAACGGUCCGUCAACUCGAAGCUCUUCUCGAGUUUGUAGAAAGACAUCGUGACCUCGCCCUUGGACGGGUGAGAUCCAAGGAGGCUCGAGCCUUGGUGGAUCGGCUGUGGCGUGAAUGCGCCGAAUUGCUCAAUCCUUUGAGACCCGCAAGGAUUGGCAAAGAAUGGGCGAAGGUAUGGAAUGACCAAAAAUGCAGAGUAAGAGCUAAACUGGUGCAAACUAAUAGCAGUCAUAGUGCUACGGGUGGUGGCCCAAGUAAUGCACCAACUCUUACUCCAUUGGAGCAUGUUGGAUUGGAUUGGAGUUGAGGUGGUGCAUAACAUUGAUGAAGCACAUGAUUCAUCAUCAUUUGAGUAAGUUUAUCAUUGUUAUAACAUAGCUAAUGUUUGUAAAAUAUUUAGUAUUACACUGACUUGAAAUUAUAAUUUAAUUUCUAAA